GUCUUUUUGCGUGAUCUUGCGCUUAUUAACAUUCAAAUACCUGUUAGCGUUUGGCGCUGCGAUAGUAUUUCUAUUUUUGUGGUGCGUUAGUUGAGAAAACCCGUGCAAUCCUCCCAGGGGUAGCGGUGUCAGUAUUAGACUUUAUUAACCCGUAAUCGCGUUUUGCAAGACUAGCACCGUCCGCCCCUCCACCGCAGUGCCAUACGAGGAGCCUCACAAUGAUGUCAUCGUAUUAUCACUCCGGAAAGGAAACGGACAUGGCGACGAUGUCAGAGCCGCUCUGCCUAGAAAGAGAUGUGUGCAGGGUGAUCGAGCUGUUGGACAGACUGCAGCGCAGCGGGGAGCUGCCCCCUCCCAAACUUCAGGCCUUGCAGAGAGUCCUACAGAGUAAAUUCUGCGCCGCCAUCAGAGAGGUGUAUGAGCAGCUCUAUGACACUCUUGACAUUGUAGGAGGCCCGGAGGUGCGCGCACAGGCAACUGCCAAGGCCACAGUUGCAGCCUUCGCGGCCAGUGAAGGUCACGCCCAUCCACGUGUAGUAGAGUUGCCCAAGACGGAUGAGGGGCUGGGAUUCAACAUCAUGGGGGGCAAGGAGCAGAACUCUCCCAUCUACAUCUCCAGGGUUAUCCCUGGGGGGGUGGCUGACCGCCAGGGUGGGCUAAAGCGAGGAGAUCAGCUGCUUUCUGUCAAUGGAGUGAGUGUGGAGGGAGAACACCAUGAGAAGGCUGUGGAGCUGCUGAAGGCUGCACAGGGCUCUGUCAAGCUGGUGGUCAGGUACACCCCCAAGGUACUGGAGGAAAUGGAGGCCCGUUUUGAGAAGAUGAGGAGUGCCAGGAGGCGUCAGCAACACACCAGCUACUCAUCAUUGGAGUCCCGUGGCUAGCCAAUCCAACGCCUCCAUUGACCUCAUCAAUCCGCCCACCUUACUACUCUACUCCAGUGGGAGGCAAGACCUUAGACGAGCGGAAAAAGCAACCAAAGUAGACAACAAAGACCUGUAAUUGCUGUAUGUUUAUUAAGAAGUUGUGAAUUAGGAAUUUUGUGCCCUUCCCACUUCUCCCUCUUCCUUAGGGGAAUGCCUAGCAAGCUCAUUGUCUAACCUCUGUACAUUUCCUGUUUGCGGUGUGAUAUCUGCCUCCUAGUGCAUAAGGGCAACAGAUUAUAUGUGUAUGGUUGAAUUAGCCUAUAGAGUUAGGAUUUCAAAGCCUGUUUACUUUUGUAUUCUUAUUUUUACAUGAGAUUACUCUGUGCUGCAUUCCUGAGUGGAGUGCAUUGUCUCUAGCACUAUACAUUGGAGCGGAGGCUGUAGUAUGGUGAACAUGGUCCAGAAACUUUGACUGUUUGUCUUUUGCUACAGUUCUCCCAUCUCCCAACCCAGAGGGCUAACCAAAAGCAAUUUGGGCGAACUGAAAAUCUGGGUCCGUAAAUAUCAAGCGUCUCAGAAUUACUCUCAAGAAUCGCGCUCAAAGUACGACAAGGACUAGGUUAGGGAGUUAGUUAUAAAGCUGCAUGUGCUCUCAGGUAGGAGUAUGACUCCUAAGAAAAGACUGACCUUACUAUUUUACAACACUUUGACCUGCAAAGUGAAAUUUCCGUGCCAUAUUGUAGCUUUCACUUCAGUGCAGACUGCAGUCUGCAUACACAUAUUUCUUAGACUUAAUAGACCCAUAGCUCACUUAGUAAGUUCUUAUUCCUCUCAUUUUUUUUUAAUUUCAGUGUAAGUAUAACUAAACAGGCUCGACACUGGUUUAAAUUUCCCCUAUCUAAGUAGAGCAGUAUCAAGAGGUCAUGGAAAGGAGGUCAUCAGCCACCUCUGGAGUUUAAACCUUUGUCAGUGUGGUUGCUCAAGUCAUGCGUAGACCCAGGCCGUUAAGUGUAAAGUUUAGUUUCCAUGGAAGUAAGAGGAGAAGAUCUCAGCGUUGGAGAAUUUGCAUUUUGGAUAAAAUCAAUCACAAAAAGUAUUCCAUUUGGAUCAAGUCAAUUUCUUUUCAUAAGCUCCGCAUCGUCGAGUGUUCCCAAUACAUCCCUCUUGUGAUGAGAUGUAGACACAUGACUUGGCUCAACGCCAUCUGCUGGGACCUCCUAAUAGGUUUGCACACCUCCACCUCUCCUAAUAAUUGGAGAACUUAGGGGAGCUUUCUAAUGAAAAGGAAUGUUGAUAAAAUCCUCUUAUUCUGAUUCAGGACCAAAAUUGUGCCACUAUGAGACUUUUCCAACAGUUAAGAUCGAUUUCCUAUUCUGAGAUGCUUGAUUACUACGAGCCCUGAUCUGGAUUCAGUGGCUGGCAAAGGGCAACCUGGUGUGAAAUAAGCAUUCCAAAACUUUCAUUUAAUUUAUUUAUUGUAUUUAUUCACAUAAUUUAUUCAUGAAAUAAAGCUAAA